AUGGGAGAUGAUAGCACUAUCAUGGAAAAUGAAGAUAUCAAUUCAAAUUCCAAUCUCACGAGUAUGGAAAAUUAUGAUGGAAAUGAUGACAUGUCACUCUCUCUAGCCGCUCUAGUUCGAGAACAUGAACGUGUUACGAAACAGCUACGAGCUGAAAAAGAAUGUCCGAAAUAUUUAAAUGAUGAAAACAAUUCAUUCAGAAGUUUAAGUGAUAACGAUAAUUGUAAUGAAGAUACAAUCGCUAAAAGAACUAGAUCGCAAUGUCCAUUAGACGAUCUUAGCUUAGAGGAAUUGGAUGCUAGCACUGACACACCCGAUACUACGCCGGAAUUGCCUGUUGUUUACAGCUCCCGAAUAAAGGAUGAAUCUGAUGAAGAUGACACUUAUUGGAGGGAAUGGCUGAAAGGAGCAGUUUACCAUAACGAUGAUUACCUCAUGGAUGACAAUGAACUGGAUGAUGUUGAGUAUAAUUUCCUUACAGAACAAGAGCCAGAGGAAAUAGAGGAAUUUCGCAACGAUAAGGCUGUUCGAAUUUCUCAACGAGAAAUUGCUGAACUUUUUGACAACUUAGAAGAAUUGUAUGAAAUUUCUAAUGUACCUGAUGUCAGCCUGGUCAAUAACAAUAGUGAAACUGAACCAAUCACGACAAAUUUGAAUGAACACGAAAUAAAAUAUUCGGACGAAGCUAUUCCAACGCCGAUAUCUUCAGAAUCUAUAACUACACGUUCUGCUUUGACAAUUCAGCAACGAUCUAGACUACAACAACAGCUAAACCAGCGCAGCUUAACUUACGUUUUUUCAUCCACUAGCAUGCUCAGCUAUUGCUUCAAAGUUAUCUAUUAUCAUCAUUCGAGAGCUUUUAACUUUAAGUUGGAACUUGAAGACGGAAAAAGAAAGUCCUAUGAACUACAUGAAAAGCAUGGGUUGAAUAUUACCGAAUCUAUUUUCAAUAACGAAUAUUCAAAUGAAAUAGUACGAAUCGGUAACAUUCCUUUAGAACCAUCAGGCGAAAAUCGAAAAAAGAAGAAGCAUUAUGAUAAUUUCAGUUUCCAAUUGUCUCAUCUUUCAAUCCCAGUAUCAACUGAUGAAGUUAUGAAACAACAAGAAAAAUUUCGUGUUAAGUUUACUACAGCAGAAGAUAGCCUACUAGCAAUCGGGUUGUCCAAAUUUAACAAGAAAUGGAAUUUAAUACAUGAACAUCUACUACCAACUAAAACAGCUAAACAAAUUAGGAUACGGUGUAAAAACUUAGCUUCUGGACGAUCGCCUGAUAACAUCGUUAAGCACUACUACAAGAAAAAGGAAUUAUUGCCCUUACCAGACGUUCCCACAUGUACUAAAAAUUUAAUACCACAAUGGUAUCAGCAAAAGAAUCUAAACAUGCAGUGCACUAGAAUUCGACGGUUGAUGCCAUUGUAUUCAGAUAAUGAAGACAACAACACGGUUAAUGGCAACAGUUCUGAACCAAAUUCGUUAGCAAAACAGAAUCAUUUGUCUCAGAGAACCAUUUCUGACAGUUGCCUAUCUGACGAUCAAAGAAAAUUGAACGAUAAGGCACAAUCUCUACAUGAUCAACAUAAUACACAAUCAGUCAUCGAAAAGAAGCAACAAUCAUUGAAAUCGAAUAAAACGGAAGAAAUUCAGAUACAGGAUAGUAAUCUGCUAAUCAGUCAAGCUAAGCCUGCCACACAGACCUUUCAAGAGAACGCGUUAAACCUUGGUACUGCUAAGCCACGAUCGCACUAUCGUGUCAGUACCACUGGGAAUGGUAAUCGAAGAGUAUCCAACUUAACCGGUGUAAUUCAAUUGCAACCUGAUCCACUGCGAAAACAACGUACGGACAGCUUUGCUUCAGCUUACUUGACUAAAGUCAAGGCUACCUUACAAAACGAUAAGGAUUUAUACCUACAGUUCUUGGAAACGCUUACAGGAUUUACUAGCAGAAAUUUAUCGCCUAAAGAGUUAUAUGAUGAAGUGCAAUCCCUGUUGCAUAAGUACCCGGAACUUUUACAAGAUUUUAUUGGUUUCCUAGAACCACAAGAUGCAAAGGCUGUCGGCAUGUUUAUGGAAAAUCUAGACUUUAGCAUGGCGCGAAACUUUCUUAGAAAAGUGGAGAUACACUUCGAAAAGAACCCCGUCCACUUUCAAAAAAUUAUAAAGUGUUUCUCAACUUGGUUACAAAGUGAUCAAAAUCCAUCUAAGCUACAUCAAUCAAUAAUUAAUAUGUUGAAAGGUCAAAAGUACUUGAUAGAUGAAUUUAACAGAUUUUUCAAAGAUACAUUCCCUCCAGCCAACAAUUACAGCGAUUUUGAAGAGACAGAAAUACUAGAUACGUUAAAGGACGAGGAGGAUUAUUUCGAAGAAGUAGACUUGACGGAUGGCCGAGAAGGUGUAAAUAAAAAUCAAACUAUUUGUAAUCAGUGUAACCAUAGAAUUAUGGAAAAAAAUGGGGUAAAACCUAAAUUCAAACAAUGCAAGUGCAAUUGCCACCGUCAGAAUAUAGAAAGAAAAAAACAGUCGUAUGCCUCUACUGGCAAUUAUAACUCUAUAAAAAAUAUAACUAUAGAAUUAAAGAGUACAAAUGAUGACUGUUUCUGCAAUAAAUCAUCAAAAUCAGCUGCGACAUCUCCAUCAACAAAAAUUACUAAUAAUCAUCCACUUGAAAUUACGGUCACCGAAAAAUCCACUACUGAUGAGCGCAACAGUUUUCUCAACGCUGAUAAAAUUUGUAAUUCAUCUCAAGAAGUUCAUAAUCAUGAUGAUGGAAAUAAUACCGCAACUAAGAAUCUUAAAGCCAGUAAAUCUAACGGUAAUGAAUGUGUACAGCGCGAAAAUUCGAUUAGUUCUGAUGAACAAAAUACCUCCCAACCAGAAAACAAUACGGAUGAAACUGAUGAAGAAAAUCUUAUUAAUGAAAAACUACAUGCCCAAAAUCAUACUACAACCUCUAAUGGAGACAUAGUGGUCAUGUGGACAAAGGAUUGCGAUCGAGAAAUUUUACGCGCUUGUCAAGGUGGCUUUUCACCAGAUAUUUUUAACACUCUUGCAAUGAAACUCAAUCGAACAGAAUCUGAUGUGAAAGACCGAUUUAAAGCCCUAAUUUCCCUGUAUCAGCACAGCUUAAAAUGA